UAGUCCUCGUCAGUCAGUUCCUUGUCCGGUGGUCGGCCGUUAUACAUAUACGUAAAUAAAUUCGAAUACGUAAAUUUCGACUCGUUCAAACGAGAAUAUUCAAAUUCGUGAACUACUUUUCAAUUGAUUCCUUCUAAAAGAAUCGAAAAGAAAAAAAUCAAAGUUGUAAUCGAAUAAAAAAGAAAAAAAACAAGAAAACAAAAAACGUCGAAGAAGCGAGUUUUAAUUCCGUGAAAAGAAAACAUUCGAUGUAUUAUUAUUUGUUAAUUUCGUCAGGGACGCACGGGCACGCACGUAAACUGUGAUUUUCGUGAGGAAGGAUAGAAUGCGAAGGAUACCAUGAACGUACCCAUCGUGUCAGGCGACAUCGUGGACGAUGAAGAAGAUUACAAGCCACGUUUCGUCAGGGGGUCUGAUCCGAGGGUCGCGACUUGUAGAGGAAAGUUGCAGAAUAAACGUAGCAAAUUGAAUCAGGAGAUAAACAAGGAGCUUCGAUUGCGCGCAGGCGCAGAAAAUCUUUUCAGAGCUACGACGAACAGAAAACUCAAGGAGACCGUAGCUUUGGAAUUGAGCUUCGUUAAUUCGAACUUGCAGCUGUUGAAAGAACAGUUGGCGGAACUGAAUAGCUCGGUGGAACUCUAUCAGAAUGUCGACGGAGAGGAUCCUGUAAUGCCAAUGAUACCUUUGGGUUUAAAGGAAACCAAGGAUAUAGAUUUUCGUGAUCCAUUCAAAGAUUUUAUCCUAGAGCACUAUAGCGAAGAUGGGGAGAAUUAUGAAGAAGCUAUUGCCGAACUUAUGGAGACAAGACAGGCAACAAGAACACCGACAAGAGACGCAGCAGGUAUAGCCCUGCUUUUGCGUUAUUAUAAUCAGCUUUAUUUCAUCGAAAGACGCUUUUUUCCACCUGACAGAAGUCUUGGAAUACAUUUUGAGUGGUUCGAUUCUUUGACUGGCGUACCAAGUCGUCAACGCACUGUUGCAUUUGAAAAGGCAUCGAUUUUGUUCAAUGCUGGUGCACUUUACACACAGUUGGCCGCUAAACAAGACAGACACUCUACUCGUGGCUUAGAUCAAGCAGUCGAUGCUUUUCUUAGAGCCGCUGGAACAUUUCGAUAUAUUCAUGAAAAUUUUACCAAUGCACCGAGCAUGGAUCUUGGACCUGACAUGCUUGAAAUGCUCGUCCAAUUAAUGCUGGCACAAGCGAGAGAAUGUCUGUUCGAAAAGUUGGAACUACAAUCGAGAGAAGGAAGAACUAUCGACAUUUCCUUGGACUUAGCUCAAGAAGCUGCACAAGUUGCCGCUGUUUAUAACGACGUUCACGCCCUGAUAUCUCGGGAACCAGUUCGUGAUUAUGUCCCAGAAACUUGGAUCUCUUUGAUAUUGGUUAAACGCGAGCAUCAUUUAGCACUCGCUCACAAACAUUUAGCUGCUGGUUUGCUUGAUAGACCGAUCGCUGAAUUUCGAGUAGAAACGAAACUAACAUUGGAACAUAUUCAAAAGAGCGAUGGGAAAACGCAAUUGGAAGUGACCGUGCCUAGAGAUGACAACGAAAGAAAACUUUUAGGAAAAGCACAUUUAAGGGAAGCUCUGGUUUUGCACGAGGAAAGCCAACGGCUACAAAGAAUGUGCAGAGAAUUGAAAGGCAAACAGGCGCUGGCGAAGGUCUUGAAAAAAGGACACGAAGCCACGCUCGAUAUGUAUAAUAAAAUUGGCGACGAAGAUGAUUUUCGGGAAUUAUUAGAUCCCCCGGAUAUCAUCGCGUCUACUAAAUUUCAAUUGAGCAUCACACAUCCGGAUUUUGGCCAACACGGAGUUGAAGAUCUAUUUAGAUCAUUGGGACCAGUAGCUAUAUUUUCUGCAAAAAGGCAUUGGACCGCACCGAGAAAUGUUCAACUUCAAAGAGGACCAGACGGUGAAGGUUUCGGAUUUAGCGUGCGCGGUGAUUCGCCAGUAAUUAUAGCUGCCGUUGAUCACAAUUCUUUAGCUGAAAUGGCUGGUAUGAAGGAAAGUGACUUUAUAGUCGGUAUCGGUGACAAAGAUGUGAAAUGGGCUUCUCAUGAACAAGCCGUAAGAUUGAUAAAACAAUGUGGUGACUUCAUUAAUCUAAAAUUGGUCACACCUAUGGAUAGAAAUUACAUGAAGAAACCAGGAAAGCCAAGUCAGCAUGACAAAGGUAGCGUUUCAGCUAGUAGUUCAUCGGGAGUGUCUUCUGGUCAACCAAGUCCAGCUGGUUCGGUUACAACCGCUCACGUCACAAGGAGAUUACCAUGGAAUCCUUUUAAGAAGACGGUUAAUCAACGAGACAGCAGGGAUCUUACAUUUGACAAUGUCAUCUUGAGAUGAUCGUUGAGAAAUCAAAAAUUAUCUUUAAGGGCACGUAGAGCCAACCAGCUUUUAGUUGCGUGCCUCGCAUCCGGUAGUAAGAUGGUACGUACCAUUGUGUGUAUUUAUGUAUGACAUAAAGAGAAUAAAUAAUCGGGUAUACGUAGAUUAGAUCGGAUCGUGUCUUUAUGAAAAUGUAUAUAUUUAUAUAUAUAUAUACAUAUAUAUAUAUAUAUAUAUAUAUAUAUACAUGUACACUUGUGUGUGUGUGUGUUUGUAUGUAUAUAUACAUAUGCAAUACAUCUGUAUAAUCCGGUCUUUACAUCACGAACAUUUGCAAAUGUGUUUUCAAUAUAAAAACUCGAUGGAUUUGUAGAUAUUAUAAUUAUCGUUUAGAAUAAAAUAUAAGGGCUUACGCGUUAAGAAAAUGUAAACGUUAUACGAUCAUUGUCGUCGAAUUGUAAAAUGUGUGCAGUUUAUUAUCGAUCGUAUGAAUAUCGUUUCAAAUGUGUAACAAUAAAUAGGUAUAUAUAGAUUCGUAAUUAUAAUCUCAUGUAUAGUUAUGUGUUAUAUAUACAUAUAUAUAUAUAUAUAUAUAUAUAUAUAUAUACACUAUGCCAAUGUUUGUCAUUUUACGCGAUCGUAGAUUUAAUAUAUACCUAUACAUUACGUUUGCAUUCGUUUAUUGAUUACAAUUAAUUAAUUCUUUCAAAACAGUAUCAGCGAUAAUGUAAAUAGAGAAAGAGAGUGAGAGAGAGAGAGAGAGAGAGAAAGAGGAAAAAAGAGAGAAUGAGAGAG